AUGAGGCGAUCCACUCUAGCCGCUUUCAUCCCGGCCCUCAUCGCCAUCCUCGCUGCUCACAAUCCAGUCAACGCACAGGCAGACCCCGUCAUGGAAUACUGUUCCGCAACCGGCUGCUCAUCUGUCUUCACCCUGCUCAAUCCUUGCGGCGGCGGAGCCUCCAACAGCUCCCUCCAACAGGAUCUAACCUACACCGUCACCCCGGACCUGGGCUCCUGCGAAUGCAACUCCCAGUUCUUUAACGCCCUCUCCUCCUGUCUGGGCUGUGUUUCUUCUCAGGGCAAGAACUCGCCGUCUAUUGAUACCCAGAUCAAUUGGACGAAUAACUGUAUAGCUGCCGGCUUCAACUUUACGCAGGAUCCUAUUCCCUAUCAGCCUCCUACGACCGGUGGGAGUGAUAGGAGCGGUGGGGGUGGACUUGGAGGUGGAGCCAUUGCGGGGAUUGUGAUUGCGUUGCUGGUUGUUGCUGGUGUUGGAGGAUUCUUCUUUUGGAGGACGAGGGGUGGUGGAAAGAGGACCAAGAACAGUAUCUUUGAGCGACCCUAUACUGCAGCGAAUGCUUCGGGAUCUUAUGAGCCGACCAACAACCAGGCAGGAUUCAAUACCUACAACAACUACCAGCAAGACGAGUAUUCUUCGAAUGGAGGAGGAAAUGGAGGAUACUCGGAUUAUGAUCAACAAAACUAUUAUGGCUCAGGACAGAACGGCGACGACUCGAUGGCGAUGAGCAACCUUCAGCACAGCAACUAUAUCCCCCCGCCCAUGCCCAUGUCCCCCUCCGCCGUCGCUGCCGUCGCUUCUGCUGCUGGAGGAAUCCAACGACCCCUGGGCGAACCCCGCCCCUCAGACCAGUUCCCACAAUCUCUUCGCCCGGAAUGGGAUGCCAACAACCAGAGGAAUAACGAGCACGAGCUCACCUCGGACCUGAUUUCGAGCGACCAUUUAUUGUACAACGAUAAGGCCGUGAUCGAGGACGACGACGAAUUGGAACCCCCACGUGCGCGGGAUCGGUACAGGAAUGACCGUGAUGAUUUUACACAACGUCGGUCGAUGACCCCUCCCCGGGCCAAUAUGCAGUCGUACAGGGAUGAGUUUACGAGACCUAGCUUUGACCGGGAACCGCGUCGGAACAGUGGGUCUGAGAGGGGGUCGGUUUCCGGAUUGCGCGUUGCGGCUGGUACUGGAAGUGGGUAUAACAGCCAGGACGAGUCUUCGGAGGGUCCCCUACAGAGUGGACAGUUGGAUCUGAGUGACAGCCCCGAGAAUGCUCGGAGGCGCCGUGCGGCCGAGUUGUUCUCUGCCGAGGGCACUCGUCGUUAA